AUGUCUCUACCUAUCGCCCGCCGUUUCGCAUCUGGAGUCUUCUCCAAGCCAGCCUUCACUCCUACCCACCUAAUUCGAUCCUCAAUUCCCCGGCGCCUCUCCUCCAGCAACGCGCCCAAGUCCACUCCUCCUCCGCGCCCGUCCUCCGCACCCCAUAACGACCGCUCUCAAUUCAAGAUCUUGCCCAUCCUCGCAAUCAUUGGCAUUGGUUCCGGCUCCUACGUGUUCCUUGUCAAGUCUCGCACCGGACAAUCGCCACAGCGCUCAUAA